AUGUCUGUCCUUAUUCUCGGCUGGCUGCUCUGCUCAGUCGCAGCGUUCCCUCUCGAUGGUCCCAGUGCUGCGCAAAGCGUGCUUACCAAUGACGUAACCCGCGUAGAGGCGGCGACGAACGCCGCCCUCCUUGGUUGGCACGAUCCACGGCUGAAUGGUGGCCGUUUCUUGGAUUUCGUCGGCAAGAAAUAUGGCGAGCCGCUCAACAUCGUUAUCUCUGGCCUGUCCGACCCAUACGUCCUCACCGACGAUGGGUUCCACAACUACGCCAAGUCUCUGGGAUAUUCGGAGGAAUGCCUGGGGCUCCAUUACGGCAAUCUCCAUGACGCGGACCUCGGAGAUGGCGAUGGACGGAAGACUGAGCUCUUUCUUGCUCGACAGUAUUAUUUCCCUGUCUGGGGAACAUGUUGGGAGAGCCUCGCAGGUGGGCACCACUUCAGGGCCUGGAAACAGAAUGGAACUCUUGCGAACAGUGGCGCAUGGUUUAUCGGAGCCUCGAAGGAAGAGAACUCAAGUAGACGGCAUAAGAUAGUCCCCAACGGAUACAACUUAGGACGUGACUGGCUCGUAGAUCGAGCCAUUGAAGGCGGUCGGUGGAAAGGGAUGUGGUGGAAGGCAGAUGUCGAAUGGCGUGACGAUCUCCUUGAGAAAGGGAAGAGAGGAGUGAACCACGGCAUCGAACAAGAUGGUCGCGUCGCCAUUCUGACCGUCCACAGACUCUGA